UCAGCCUGGGUGACAGAGCAAGACUCCAUCUCCAAAUAAAUAAAUACAUUAAUUAAUUAAUUAAUUAUAAGGUAGGGAGAGAGAACGAACACACACAUCAAGCAGAGUGGUGGGGGGGGGGGGAGCCAAAAAGCACUGCAACUCACAAUUUUCUGUUUCAGGAUAUUUGGAAAAUCCAUACUUCUAAAAAAGCCCCAUCUCCCACCCGAAUUAAACAGUAACCACCCAAGGUCGGGGAAAGGGUCUUAUCAGAGCAGGUUUCUCUCCAAGGGGCGGUUUGGCCUUGACCAGGUGACUCACCUGCUCUUGCCUAUAAGUGUGCCCAGCCCAUCCUGAGGGUCAGCCAGUCCUGAGCAUCCAACCAUGUUGGGCAUCACUGUCCUCACUGCACUCUUGGCCUGUGCCUCCAGCUGCGGGGUGCCCAGCUUCCCGCCCAGCCUAUCCGCCCGUGUGGUGGGAGGAGAGACUGCCCAGCCCCACAGCUGGCCCUGGCAGAUCUCCCUCCAGUACCUCGAGAACAACAGGUGGUGGCACACGUGCGGCGGGACCUUGAUCGCCAGCAACUUUGUCCUCACCGCUGCCCACUGCAUCAGCAACAACCGGAUCUACCGUGUGGCCCUGGGAAAGCACAACCUGGAGGUGGAAGAUGAGGAAGGAUCCCUGUUUGUGGGUGUGGACACCAUCUAUGUCCACAAGAAUUGGAGCUAUGACCUGGCAAUCAACGACAUUGCCCUCAUCAAGCUUGCAGAGCACGUGGAGCUGAGUGACACCAUCCAGGUGGCCUGCCUGCCAGAGAAGGACUCCCUGCUCCCCAACGACUACCCCUGCUAUGUCACUGGCUGGGGCCGCCUCUGGACCAACGGCCCCAUCGCUGAUGAGCUGCAGCAGGGCCUGCAGCGCGUAGUGGAUCACGCCACGUGCUCCAGGAUUGACUGGUGGGGCUUCAGGGUGAGGAAAACCAUGGUGUGUGCUGGGGGCGACGGCGUCAUCUCAGCCUGCAAUGGGGACUCCGGUGGUCCACUGAACUGCCAGCUGGAGAACGGUUCCUGGGAGGUCUUUGGCAUCGUCAGCUUUGGCUCCUCGCAGGGCUGCAACACCCGCAAGAAGCCGGUAGUCUAUACCCGGGUGUCCGCCUACAUCGACUGGAUCAACGAGGUGGGUGCCACCUCCACAGCUGUCCCUGCACCUGUCAGCCCCUCCCCCUCACUCGCCCACCCCCUCACUCAUUCAUGCAUUUAUUCAUUCAUUUAUUCACUCAAAAUGCAGCUGUGA